AUGUCAAGCAGGCGAUACGAUGGUCGCACGACGACCUUCUCGCCGGAGGGCCGCCUCUACCAAGUCGAAUACGCAAUGGAGGCAAUCUCACACGCAGGGACCGUCAUCGGCAUCCUAGCCAAGGAUGGCGUAGUACUGGCGGCGGAGAAGAAGGUGACGGGCAAGUUAUUCGAGCAGGACAAGAGUAGCGAGAAGAUCUACGUGCUGGGAGACAACAUCCUCGGUGGCUUCGCUGGCGUAACAUCGGACGCCAACACACUGGUCAACUACGCCCGCAAUACUGUCCAAAACGUCCUCCUCUCCUACGACGAUGACAUCCCCGUGGAGCACUUGACCCAAUACAUGUGCGACCUCAAGCAAGGCUACACUCAGUACGGUGGUCUGCGUCCAUUCGGCGUCUCCAUCCUCUACGGAGGCUGGGAUGCGCAUCAUAAUUUCCAGCUGUACCACUCUGACCCUUCGGGGAACUACAGCGGGUGGAAGGCGACGUGCAUUGGGAGUAACAAUGGGACGGCUACCAGUCUGUUGAAGCAGGACUACAAGGAGGGGUGCACCACGCAGGAGGCUAUGAGCCUUGCGUGCAAGGUGUUGAGCAAGACGAUGGAUUCGACGGCGUUGGACAGCGAGAAGAUCGAAUUCGCCCACCUCACCCUUUCACCUCGCACGGGCAAACCGCAACCGCGCAUCUUCACGGCGCAGGAUAUCGACCGUCUGCUGGAGCGUGAGGGCUUGGCUAAGCCCAAGGAUCCAGAGCUUGAGGAGGCAGCACCUACGGCGGCAGCAGCGGGAGCAGGGCCGGCUGUGUCAGGUUCCAGAGGCGGCGAGGGGAUGAAUGUCGAUUGA